AUGCCGGUAGUAUCAAGAGAUGCGGUUUCCGUCCCUAUUGAAUUGAUUCUAUAUAUCGCUAGGUUUCUACAACCCGAUGACAUUAUGAAUCUUUUGCAAGCAGCGAAAGGCCUUGAUCAACUUCUCACAUUCCAUCACCUUGCCAUUAAAGGCGAGAAUGGCGAAACACUUUUGCAUCUUCUUGCAAGGGAUGGAGAUGAGAAACUAAUGAAAAUGUUUCUCGCUAAAUGGGUGAUAUCCGCCCUCAGACAUGAUGAUAUUACACAAUUAUAUCAGGCUACGACGUUCGGACAAAUAUCAAGCACGAGGUUCCUUGCCCGUACUAGUGUCAAUCUUAAUGAACUUGAUCGCUAUAAAUCGACUCCUCUGCAUUGGGCUGCUAUGCAAGGGCAUGACUCCAUUGUGAAAAUGCUACUCGACAGAGAUGACAUUAAGCCUGACUUAGAGAAUAAUGAAGGCCGAACGCCGCUGUCGUUCGCUGCCGAACAUGGGCAUAUACGUGUGGUGGAUUUGCUUCUACGACAAGAUAAUGCUAAUCUUAACUCGAAAGAUUAUUACCAUGGCACACCGCUAUUAUUUGCUGCCGAACAUGGACAUAUAUCAGUGGUGGAGCUACUGCUACAACAAGACAAUAUCGAGGCUGAUGCGGAAGAUUACGACCAAGACGCAGGGGGAAGAUGGAUACCCGAAGACUGUGGUCGUACACCGUUGUCAUUCGCUGCUGGGAACGGACAUCUUGCAGUGGUAAAGCUUUUAGUGCAGCGAGACGAUGUUGACGCAGAUUCAACUGAUGAUAGCCAUCGCACGCCACUGUGGUGGGCAGCAAAGCAUGGUCAUCUAGCAGUGGUGGAGCUGCUAAGUCAACGGGAUGAUGUUGCAAAAUAUUCAUACCAUCCACUCCGCGAUUCACCACUGUCAAUAGCAGCUAGCUGUGACAAGUUAGCUGUGGUGGAGCUACUAGUGCAAAGGGAGGAUGUUGAAGCUGAUUUCAAAGACCAAGAUGGUCGCACGCUUUUAUCACGGGCAGCUGCGGGAGGACGCCAAGCUGUAGUGGAGCUGCUAGUGCAAAGAGAGGAUGUUGAAGCUGAUUCUAAAGACAAAGCUGGUCGCACGCCUUUAUCAUGGGCAGCUGCGGGAGGACACCAAGCAGUGGUGGAACUGCUGGUGCAAAGGGAGGAUGUUGAAGCUGAUUCUAAGGACCAAGAUGGUCGAACGCCUUUAUCAUGGGCAGCUAAAGAAAGACACCAAGCUGUGGUGGAGCUGCUGGUGCAAAGGGAGGAUGUUGAAGCUGAUUCUAAAGACAAAGCUGGUCGCACGCCGUUAUCAUGGGCAGCUGCGGGAGGACACCAAGCAGUGGUGGAACUGCUGGUGCAAAGGCAGGAUGUUGAAGCUGAUUCUAAAGACAAAGAUGGUCGCACGCCUUUAUCAUGGGCAGCUACGGAAGGAUCAUGGGCAGCUAUGGAAAGACACCAAGCUGUGAUGGAGCUGCUGGUGCAAAGGGAGGACGUUGAAGCUAAAUAUAGAGACAAAUAUGGUCGCACAAAGUUAGCAUCUAUAAGAUUCUCACGGAAGUGGAAAAAACAAAUAGUAGCGACAAAGCUACUAUCUUCCUAG